AAGCCUCAGGGCUCCAUGAGGAGCCUGGAAGGUUGAACCUUGACAACUUGAAGCAGCUCUUGGGUGAGUCUCAAGUGUGGUCCCCUUGUCCAGCCAUGCCAGCCCAGGGGCCAUCAGGCCUCCGGCGCCUGCUGCUGGCCCUGGGGGCUGCCCUGGGCUGGCUGCUGGCCCUGGGGCUGCUGCUGGACCUGCGUGCCUUGGGGCUGCUCUGCGGGCUCCUGGCAGCAUUAGGGGGGUGGCUGGGCCCUCAGGCUCUCACCCCCUCGGGCCGGCGCCUUCGGCUGGAGCGCUUCGUGAGCUCCCUCCAGCCCCAGCCCCAGAGCCCAUCGGCCGUGGGGAGGCUGGAGGGGGAGAUCGCCAGCACCGUGCGCAAGGUGCUGCGGGACUUCGUCACCUCCUGGUACCGCACGGUCAGCACCGAGCCGGCCUUUGAGGCCGAGGUGGAGAAGGCCAUGCUGGGGCUCACCGCCGAGCUGAGGAGGCGCAUGGCGCGGGUAGACCGCCACGCUGUUGCCCGGCGCCUCCUCCUCCUCUGUGGGCACCACUUGCAGAGCUACCUGCAGGCUCGUGAGGCUUUGAGGUGUGAGCCCAAGGGCGGCCAGGCUCUGUGGCAGGAGUACAGCCGCCUUGCGGGGCCACAUCCUGCUCUCCAGAGCCCUGCGGCUGAGGUGGACUAUGCCAGAGCUGCUGUGGAGACCUUGCUGCAGGCGCUGGUGCCCCGGCCCCACUUGGAGACCCGGACUGGGCGCUUCGUGGUGGUGGAGCUGGUGGCCUGCAAUGUGCUGCUGCCGGCCAUCAGGAAGAUGGCUGAUCCCGACUGCAUCAACCUGCUGCUCAUCGGGGCCUUCUCUAAGAAGCCACGGAGUGAGCAGGCACCUCCUGCCCCCCCAGUGCCUGAGGUCUUGCCUGUCGUGGAGCACGCAGACCCCGCUCCUGUUGGGAUGCCACCUUCCCCAAGGGCAGCAGAGGUGCCCAAGCGAGAGGCGGGGGCUGCGGGUGAUGAGGGAGAGGAUGUGGUGAGCAGGUUGUGCCACACUGAGGAGCCCUUCCUCCGCCCACGAGCGCUGGGCUCCCUCUUUCCCUGUGAGGGUUUGGAGCUGGAGUCUCCUGCUCCUGAGGCAGGCCAGGACGUGGACUUGCUGGUACCAUCCCCUGCAGGGGAGUUCCUUGAGGAACCUCUCCAAGUUGCCUCCGCUGUUCUUGAAGGACUGGAUGUUGCAGGGGAUGGUAUAGGGGAGCUGGAGGAGAGCAUUGCCACCCCUUCUGCUGUUGUGCUGAGCUCCUGCCCAGACAUCCAGAUCGACCCUGCAGUUGAGAAGGAAGAAGAAGCAUCAGUUGUCCCUAAGAAGUCCUCCUCACAGAGGCCCUCCAGCUUGGGGAAAGACCUGGGGGCAGCAGAAGGCCCAUCACAAAGCUCUCCAGACCCUGGGCAGGCUCUGUCCCUGCUCUCCUCUUCCCCAACGGCCUCCAUCAGCACCUUCAGCUUUGAGCCCCUCAGCAGCCCUGAUGGACCAGUGGUCAUCCAGAACCUGCGGAUAACUGGGACCAUCACUGCCAGAGAGCACAGUGGGACUGGUUUCCACCCCUACACCCUCUAUACUGUUAAGUAUGAGACAGCCCUGGAGAGCGAGAGCAGCGCGGGCAGCCUGCAGCAAGUGGCUUAUCACACCGUGAACCGCCGCUACCGCGAGUUCCUCAACCUCCAGACCAGGCUGGAGGAGAAGCCAGAGCUCCGCAAGCUCCUCAAAAAUAUCAAAGGCCCAAAGAAAUUGUUCCCUGAUCUCCCAUUUGGAAACAUGGACAGUGAUAAAGUGGAAGCCAGGAAAAGUCUGCUGGAAUCUUUCCUGAAGCAAUUGUGUGCAGUGCCUGAGAUUGCAAACAGUGAGGAGGUGCAGGAGUUCCUGGCCCUGAACACUGAUGCAAGGAUUGCCUUUGUGAAGAAGCCUUUUGUUGUCUCCAGGAUAGACAAGAUUGUUGUCAAUGCCAUUGUGGACACCUUGAAGACAGCAUUCCCCAGGUCAGAGCCCCAGAGCCCCACAGAGGAUCUCAGUGAGUCUGAAGUGGAUGGAAAACCUCAGGCAGAUGGGAAGAAGGGCAAUAAGUCCAGGCUGAGGUUCUCAUCCAGUAAAAUUACUCCAGUGCUGAGUGUGAGUGAAGCACAGGACAGGAUCGUGUACUCCAUCAGGGAGGGCAGCUCUGUCCCUGGCACCCUGUCCAUGACUGCUAUGGAGUCCUUCAUCCAGAAGCAGGAGAAGCUGCUGGAGGCACUUCCCAGCAAAGGCCCUGAAGGCGAGGGAGGCAGAAAAGCAAAGGAUAGCUCCAUGCAGGAUGAUAAGGAUGGGAUGGACACAUUGGAACAGGGGCAGCAUCCUGACACAGGCUCUGACUCAGAGACAGCUUUGGCUGACCUGGCCCUGGAUGUGCUUCGCCUGCUGCUGAUGGAUCACUGGAGCUGGCUGUGCACAGAGAACAUCCAGAAGGUCUUUCACCUGCUCUUUGGGACCCUCAUUCAAAGGUGGCUGGAGGUGCAGGUAGUGAACCUGACCUGCACCCAGCGCUGGGUCCAGUACCUCCAGUUGCUACAGGAAUCCAUCUGGCCUGGAGGGCUCUUACCAGCAGUGCCCAAACCAGCCAGGACAGAGGAACAGAAGAAAGCAGCAGCAGAGCAGGCCCUGCAGAGCCUCAUGGGCAUCUUGCCUAAUGUGGUCCAGGAAAUCCUUGGAACCAGUAAAUGUCGGAUGAGCUGGAAUGUGGUCCUGGAGUCCCUGAGCCAGCCUGUCAUCAAUAGGCACCUGGUUUUCUGCCUCUUGGACAUCCUGCUGGAGUUCUUGGUUCUGAAGGGCUCCAGCGAGGAGCUUGGGACCUCAUCUGUGUCACCAUCAGCCCCCAGUGGCCUGGACAAAGCCCAUUGAGCAGGGCUGCUGUAGCCAGCAGUGGAGGAGAGAAGCAGCCGCUGGCAUGGGAUGGUUUCAUUUCCAGUGUUCACUGAACACAUGUGAGAGCUGCUUGGAAAGAAAUGGCCCAGACAGUGCUAAAUGAAGCUGCUUCCAGGCUUCUUGUGGCUGGGUAAGGGAUUCAACCCGGUGCCAGGGGCUAUGUAGCAUCUGUCUCAUUGUUGGAGAGCCUGCAGUGAAGAUGCCUGACCUGUGCUGAGCUGGACACUGAGGAGGAUACUCAGGCUGCCCUCAAAGCCUGUUGUCUCACUCUUGUGUUUCUAACAUCUAAAGGCAGAUGGCAGGUAGGGUUUGUUUCUGGCACACCAUCAAGACUUGAUGUGAUGGGAUGUGGAUGAUGGAUGUUUCUCCAGGAGGACCAAAUGCUCUCUAAGCAGCCUGCCCUGUGCCUCUGCCCCAUCAUCUCCUCUACCAGAAGGAAGCAUGUGGAGCUUGGGAAUGUGGUGACAGCCCUGAAGUGAAUGCUAGGGACCCAUCCCCACUGCCCAGAGAACUGGGAGGUGGGAAGCAGUGCAGACAUCCAAGCUGCUCUUCUGCUUUAGGGACCAAGAUAAGCUCCUUCCCACUGCCACUGCUCCUUCACGGUUGUGUUCUGGCAUCUCUUCCUGCCUCAGUAGCAGGGUACAAGUAGGAUAGGCUGUGGUUCUGGUAGAGCUGUCCUCAGGCUCAGGAGGAGUGUUAGCAUAGCUGCACUGCAGGAUCACCUUGUGUUUUGCCUGCUGGGUCAUGUUUUGAGUCCCAGAAGCUGUCACUUGGAAUGCACAGGAGAAAAGGAGCUGCCCCGUGUGUGACGCUUUGCAAGUAAAGCAGCUUCUGCACACAAGUGCUUGUCACAGCAAGCUCUGGAAGAGGAGAGAGCACCUCUGAGCCCAGGAAGAAUACCAGAGGCCUGGCAUAGAGCACAGUGAUGGGCUUGAGAGCACCACCUCAGGCUCUGUUGGUCAUUGCUGUGUCACCGUGCCUUGCUGCAGCUGCAGUGUGCAGAGGAAGCUGCUCAAGGUCAUGAUGUCCAGUGCCACCCAGCACAGAAUGAAUGGCAUGUCAUCUUGCUAGCUGCUUUCCCAGCUCAUCCAAGGCCUGAGUGGCUCUGCAAGCAUAUGCUGCCUGGCUGGCAGGUUUGGGACAGGGCACAUGGACACAAUAUGCACCAACAGAGCAGUCUGGGGACUUGCUCCUGGUGGGAGAAAGAUGAACCGAGCAGUGCUGGAGCUUCCUGAUGGAUAGGACACUGCUCUUGGUGCUCUCUACACAUCAGAAGAGACUUUUCAAGAGGGAAGCCUGCAGGAUACCAGCUAGUUCCUGUGUUCUAAUGCCAAACGGUGCAUUCCAUCAGCGCAGUUCCUCAGACCUGGAUACUCAGUGGCAUUUUUGGAGAACAACAUGGAAAUCCAAUGUGCUUACUACUGGAAUUACUACAAUACUUACUCUAUUCUCCUUCCCAGGGACAGCUGCUUAAUAAUGGACACGCAUAGUGUGUGCUGCUUCAUGCUUCUGGUGUGUGAAAGUACAGGGAAGGAUGAGCUUGCUGCCAGCAUGUAUGUUUUUAGGGAGCCCUAAGGCCAUCCCAAGACUAGGCAGGUUCCAAGGUAAUGAAGCAAAGAGGUUUGGCAUCAUUCAGCAGUGGCACUUGUGAGAUGAUGACUUGCUACCUGCUUGGAAAAGGAGGGAGUAUGGGUUAAGUAGGUUAAGAGUAGGUUAGGCAAAGCAUUGGAGAUGGUCCCAAAUGGCCAAGCAGCAGGAUGGGAAGCAGGACUCUCAUGUAUCUUUAAGCACAAUGUGUGUUUCACUGCCAGGCUUACUUCCCUUCUUGGUCUUACUACUUCCAUUUACUCCAUCAGCUCUUGAGGAGUGGGAGAAGGAGCCCUUCUGUGGCCCUGUUGAGCUUGGUGGCUUCCUAGGUGCUUGCCUGUUGUUUCCUGAUGGAUUUAAUGUGUUUGGA